AUGUCUUAUAUGCGAAACAAACUUCCUGUUCUAGUGCUACCCCCUGUUCCAAAAGGAGUGGAAGCUAGGGGAUUCUUUUUUGGCCCCUCAAUAGCAUUAGCCAUUGGUUCAAAGUUUGUUCCUUUGCGCAAACCUCGAAAGCUACCAGGUGAAGUAAUUUCAGAAAAAUAUGAUCUAGAAUAUGGAAGUGAUUAUUUGGAGAUGCAUGUUGGUGCUGUGAAACAUGGUGACAAAGCCAUUGUUAUUGAUGAUUUGGUGGCUACAGGUGGAACUCUAUCUGCAGCAAUUACUCUCUUAAUGUGCUACAGAAAAGUGUUGGAGAGUACUGCUUCCACCACUGCAAAGCAGCACCUGUUGUCAUCGUUCCUGAAAAAGAUGCUGGGGAUGCAUCAAUAUUAUAGUGAAGCUUUGUACGUAUGUCAAUUGGCCUUGUUAAUAUAUCUAACAGUCAUGUUUAGUGAAAUGAAGAUUGGUUCUGACUCAUUUUCACCAAGAAUAGAGAUGUUUUCCUUGCAUAUAUUUACAUGUUAACCACUAGCAUGUUAUUAAUUCAAUGGCUUAGUAACUUAUUUUCUCAUUGUGCUGUUUAGACUUUCUUUAAUGUUACAAAGCAUUUGGAUAGCUUUAUUUUUGGAAUAGGUUUAUUUGAGUUGCUGUUAGAUUCUACCGGUAUAAAUAUACUAUUCAUUUGUAGUUGUAAUUAGCGUGAUUGGAAAAUGAUGGUAGUGUCCUAUAUUUUGUUUUAAA